AUGUUAAUCAACCGAUUCCUAAUGACGCGCCGAGAGGCUCUUCCACAGUCGAGCAUAAGCGUUUCGAAGGAACAGCGCGCGAAACAGGAAGGAACAGCGCCCGAAGAUUCGCCAGUCGAGUACGACGAAUAUGAGGACGAGGAGGAUCCACCGUCGCAGGAGCGGCCGGUGGUUAGCGACAAUUCGGCAACGAACCUGCUCACCAAGGACUACAUCGAGCAGGUCGAUCCCGGCGAGACGGUGACACUGAAGUGCGACGUCUCCAAUCCGCAGCCAACCAACAUCAUCCUGUGGUACUUCAAGAAACAGGUCAUCUACCAGGCCCAAAACAAACUGUCCACCGACCCGCGGAUCAAGAGGAACGAAGAUUUUUCGCUACAGAUCGAAAACGUGCAGGUAUCGGACGAGGGCGUCUACUCCUGCCAGCUGCUACCGAAUAAUGUGACGGUCAAAAUUGAACUGCAGGUGAAAACUCCUCCACGAGAUGUCCACCUAAUGCACGGUAACCGAAUCCUUAACGAGACGGUGGAAGUGGAGGCGAACCAGAAGAGGUUUAUCCUGUUGUGCUCUGCCAAGGGUCAUCCAACCUCUCAGAUUACCUGGUACUACAAGGGCCGCCAUCUUGAUAAGGAGUACAGCCAGCAAAUUGGUAUCGUCCUGCGCAAUGAGUUCAUUGACAUUCAUACGGUGAAAGCAAAGCACGCCGGCGACUACGAGUGUCUGGCGCAGAACGGCAUUGGAGAACCUGUUAGCCGAACUGUCGCCGUUAUUGUGAAAGAUGGCUCCGAGGAGCUGUACGACGACGAGAACGAGUCGUUCAACGUAACCACCACGCCGCCGGAGAAAGGAAAACCCAACAUUCACAAGCACUCUGGCUACGUCAACACCGCCAUCGGAGAGAACGUGGAGCUGGUGUGCCUAUACGACAGCUACCCGAGCCCGACCAAGAUCCAGUGGCUUAAGAAUGAUGGCGUGAUUCAACCGUCCAGCCAGACGACCAUCACGAACGAUCAUCACAACCAUCACGAUCGCACGCGACUGCUGAUCAAGAACAUCCAACAGAAGGAUCUGGUGGCGUACUACUGCAGGAUCGAUAAUGAACUGGGCGACGCAUCCUCGAAGACGUUCGUGGGACUUCAACCCAGUGGCGCCCAUCUGAUGCAUUCCAACUUCUCCGAUGGGCUGCUGCACACGUGGUGGAAGAUUCACAGCAAGCAACCGAUUGCCGAAGUGCAGUUGUUUUACAAGGCAGAAACGGGCAACUAUGUGGUAGUGGAUGCGGAAAUUACCAGCUACGACCAGAACCAAGAUGGAAAUACCUGGAUGGUACGCAAAUCGAUCCGACUCCCGGAGGGCACGUGGUUCGUGACGGCGCGGGCACGCAACACCGAGGGCUGGUCGGCCGCCGAGAACACCCCGCACCAGUUCCAGAUCCCGAACGCGAUGGACAACAUUCAGGUGGCGUCCAUCGGUGGCGGAACGGGCGCCAGCCAUCGGACGCUUCCGGUCGUGCCUGCCGUUCUGCUGGCGCUGCUUCUGCUGCCCUUCUGCGCACAAUCGAUGGCGUACUAAAGGUGGUUGCACACAGCAACCGCAACGUGCACGCGGAUGCCCGCCGGCACCGGUAAACGCAACACACAUCCUAGCAACACACACACACACACACGAAUCCUCUGCUGCAGUUAGGAUUUGCUAGUGUAUUUAUUAUCCAGCCAAAAACAUUGUACUAACUCCAUGCCUGUGGGGUUGCGACGGACGGAACAAAUCGUUGACGCUAGCGCGAAGGACUAAUCAUCCGGCAGGGAUGAGUCCCAACCCAAAAAAACAUCCAGGAUCAGUUAGCAGAUACCGUAAUGCGUCAACGGGCAUGUGAUUUUGUGGUCUUGAACCGUCUGUAAAUCACCAAACUUGGAGGGAACCAAGGGAAACGAAUGCGAGUGGCAUUAAACGAACACAUUCGCUUCUCCAAAGGGAAGAAAUAAAUCUUGGAUCGUUUUGUAAAAAAGCCACCACCUGGAUUAAGAAGAUGAUGGGAAGAAAGAGAGGAGAGUAUAUGGAUAUGUAGGCGAGGAAAUUAGGUGUAUUUGUUAGGCAAAGAGAUGAAAACGUGCAAAGAGGAAGUAAACAAUUCUACCAAAAGAAGAAUCUUCACAUCAGUCUAGAAAGUGUAUUUUUCCGUGUAUGUUAACCUGAUUGUUACAUUCGUAUGUUGUUUUUUCCGUUCUGUCCGAAUCAUUUUUCCUUCUUAUUGUUUCACCUGUUGACCAUACGUCCUUCGAUUGUGCAAGGUUGGCUCCUAGAAGGAAACUAGUGUAAAAGUUUGCUACGGUGCAGUUGCCAACUCUACAAGGAUUGUUUGGCAGUUCACACUCUGUUUCAUGCAAGUCGUCCUAGUAGGAACGUACGAUAAACUAAAAAGAGAAAACUUAACAAAUCCUUUGAAUGCCUUUCCUUCCAUUUGAAAUGCACGCGAAAAUAUGCAGCUUUUGAUAUGGACACAAGAGAACAACGAAUCCGAAUGUCCUAGAAAAAAUAUAUAAAGUACCAAAAAUUGCCUUUUAAAAUAUUUUCCUACGUGGCACAGCAACGAUAACGUUCAGAAUGAAAGUUUAUAUUGAAAGUCGACGGCAGCUGCGUUAAUAAUUGGACGACUAAAUUCCAACAAAAUCGUUUAAAAACAACAGGUAGAGAAUAAAAAACCCCUUCUGAUAACAUUUAAAAAGGAUAAUUUAAUCUGGAUCCUACUACAGUCACGUUUCUCUCGCCUAAAAUACUAUUGAAAUUUGGAAGACAGAUAUUUCACUCCAAACAUCCUCCUUUCAAAAGAUAUCUUAUGUUUAUAGGUCACACACACUACGUUUCCAUCCAUGUUAAGCUAGGCUAUCGAACACGUUAUCACCCCUUCCUUCCCAGUGUCUUUAGUCGAUAUUUUAACUGUAUGUAAGGGCGUUUUAAUUAUGUUUUUCGUUGAUUUUCCAUAGCUCAUACUUUUCAGUUCCUUUUUCUUGCAAUCACCAUCCAGAUGGUACAAGUAUAGAAGGCUUUCCCCUUUGACCCCCUCAACAUUUCCCCGUUUCAUUUCGAUUCCGCACGAUUUCUUUUUCAUCAGACGCUAAACACUUAAGUUAAACUUAGUUAACCUUUAACGUAGUGCUUUAAGCUAUCGUAUAGUAUUUUUGAAGGUAAAGAGGAGGCGAGAUAAACUAAAUAGAUAAGCGAAGCGUACGGAGGGAGCAACUGUAUCAUAGAGAAGAAUAACGUAAAAGAAACUCUUCGUUUGACAUCGGGCGAAAGUAGGAAGGAAAACUGGAAAACAUAUAGCCAAUGGUAAACGUCUAAGCUAAAUCAAUACAAUUUAAAACAGCAGAGAAAACAACCCAAACGAGAAGGUUAAAGAAACACAUGUUACAGAAGUUCAUAAGCAAAUCCCGACCCAUAUUCAUCUACAACCAAUUCUUACCCCGCUUCGAUGCAAAUCAAAUGAAAUAGAAAUAUUAAAUUCAAACCACAUCAGCCAUUGAUCGUAAAAAGGGGAAAAAGUAGAGAGAUAAAACAUACCUUGACUUCGAGCAGCAGACAGGAUACAGAAAAAAUGCCAUUAUAACAAGAAGUUUAUCCAUUACGGCGGCUCGGGUUACCUUCGGUUGAUUUCCGUUUCGUUAAUAAAUUAUUUGUCAAACUACAAGCUAGCUUUAUUCCAAGGUAAAUGGAAAGAAAUUUAAACCGACGGAUUAAGAAAUCAACAUUUUCACAAGCACGCUCGUUGAGGAGAAGAGAAGCUAUAGAACAGGACUUAAUUAAAACAACCAUUACUAGUACGAACAGAAGCACUUAUAGGAGAAGAAUAAUUGACGAACGAAGCUAGCAGUACCGAAUGCCAUAGUUAAAAGCAACAUAAAUAUUUAACAAUACAUGUAGCGCAAAUCGCCUUAAUGGAAAAAAGUACCCACACUCACACCGUACACCUGGGAAAAUCCUUUGAAUUCCAAAUAGAACCAAAUUGUGCUAAGAAAGGUAGCGUUACGUUCCGGUGCAACCAAGUUUGUCACUUUUUAUUGUUAUCCAAUUCCAUCACCGCAAUAAAUGAAACGAAACGUGGCGUAAGAACAUAUUAGAAAUCGGUCAUUUUACAUCGUCUUUGCAGAUCCAAAAGCAAACCAAUAUAGUAUCCAUUGUGAGAGAAGGAACAUUAGAUAUGAAAGCGGAUGAGGAAGCGAUUUUGGAAAAAAUUAUAUUAAUCUUAAUACAACCACUAACUCCGCCACAGGAACAACUUAUUGAACGCGCAUAUGGAUCGACUAGGAAAGGUUAAAAAUUUUGAAAUUAGCAAAGCGAUGUCGAUCGCUAAAGGUGGAAAAAAGAAGGGUGGAAAUGAUUGGAUCAGUCACGUACCGUUAGAGACGAUCGUGAAAUAUCCGUCGGACCGUAGAACAAAGAGGUGAAGUAAGGUGAAAAAUAAAAGAUAUGUUUCAGAUCA